AUAGCUGGUGUCAACUACACGCACAAUCAGUUAGUUAAAAAUUCACCAUGUUGAAAAUCAUCUUGUUAUUCGUUGCUGCUUUUUUCGGUUGCCAAGUUAUCGCUACACCAGAAGACGCUCGUCAUGGCAAUCUCAAUCUCUAUUUCAUAUACUCACGGGAUAAUCCUCGAGAACCUAUUCAGAUCCAGCCCGAUUUCAACUCUGUGAUUGAAAGCCCCGCACUCUUUCGUCCCUAUACUGCUAUCAUAGUCCAUGGGCACCAAGGAAGUGCUUUCACCAGUUUAAACCCUGUUGUCAAAGAUUCAUUCAUAUCCAGUGAAGACGUGACCGUCAUUGUUGUGGACUGGUCUACUUACGCCGGGCAGAGCUACUCCAAUGCUGUCAAUGCCGUGCCGAGCGUGGGCGUUGCUAUUGCUGACAUGAUCAGACUCCUGGUCACAUACAACAGGAUCUCCCUUGACAGGCUGCACCUCGUUGGUUUUGAUCUCGGCGCACACGUUGUUGGCUUCACGGGCAGAUCGUUGAAUGGACAAGUUGCUAGGAUCACAGGACUGGAUCCAAAUGGCAGCCAAUGGGGCAGCAAUUCUCAGCGUCUGACGGCUUCUGACGCCGAAUACGUCGAACUUAUUCACACAGAUGGGAAUGGUCUGACUGCCAACGGGAUCGGAACAGCUCUUGGUGACGUGGAUUUCUUCGCCAACGGUGGUGGGAGCCAGCCUGGCUGCCUCACGCAUUCUUGCAGUCAUAACAGAGCAUGGGAGCUCUUUGGAGCCAGUCUCUUGCAUAACCACCUCAUCGGGAAUCUGUGCAACAGCAGUUCGCAGUUGAACUGGAACCUCUGCCGCGGGUACUCUCUGCACAUGGGCAACAACAGCUUGAUCAAAUACGGAUCUGGAAUAUUCCGUGUCAACACUGGACGAACAUUUCCUUAUUAAUUUCCACGUAAUACAGCCAAACUGACUGUUAUUUAUAAAAUCUUUUCGAUAAUAGAUAAGAGUACUUUUUAAAAAUUACUAUGAUAAUAAAUGGUAUAUCCAUAA